AUGUGGCCGCAAUCGCAAUACUCCCACACUAACACUCACUAUCAGAACAAUGCAACAAAAACAAAUGAACACCAAAACCAGCAGAAUUUAAAGACACUGGGAAUGACAUCCGCUAUCUCUAUGGCAGGUCCCAAACCAAUUGAUAUAGAAAAAACAAAUGAGUUGAAAGAAUCACUUGUGCCAUUUGGUGUAUUUGAAUCGGAAGCUGAAAUGCACCAUCGCAUGGAGGUUUUGGGUUCAUUGCACCGUCUUGUAAGACAAUGGAUAAGAGAUGAGUCUCUUAGAAAAAAUAUGCCGCUGAGUGUGGCAGAGACAGUUGGAGGGAAUAUUUAUACAUUUGGAUCUUACCGCCUCGGGGUACACCACAGAGGAGCUGACAUUGAUGCAUUAUGUGUGGCCCCAAGGCACAUUGACAGGACUGACUAUUUUCAGUCCUUCUAUGAAUUGUUAAAAACUCAACCACAGGUCAAAGACUUGAGAGCAGUGGAGGACGCCUUUGUGCCAGUCAUAAAGAUGAAUUUUGACGGAAUAGAAAUUGAUUUGCUGUUUGCUAGAUUGGCAUUGAAGGAGAUACCAGACUCUUUCGAUUUGCGCGACGAUAUGCUGUUGAAAAAUCUGGACCAGAAGUGCGUCCGUUCUCUAAAUGGUUGCCGAGUGACGGAUGAGAUAUUACGCCUCGUUCCCAACAUCAACAAUUUCCGGUUGACGCUGCGAGCAAUAAAGCUCUGGGCGAAGAGGCAUGGGAUCUAUUCAAACACGCUGGGCUAUCUGGGCGGAGUGUCCUGGGCGAUGCUGGUUGCCCGCACCUGCCAGCUGUACCCCAACGCGCUGCCGGCCACGUUGGUGCACAAGUUCUUCCUGGUCUUCAGCCAGUGGAAGUGGCCCCAGCCGGUGCUGCUGAAGCAGCCGGAUACAGUGAACCUGGGUUUCCCCGUCUGGGAUCCGAGGGUGAACGUUUCGGACCGGUUCCACUUGAUGCCGAUCAUCACGCCCGCCUACCCGCAGCAGAAUUCCACGUUCAACGUGUCGGCGUCAACGCGCACCGUCAUCAUGGAGGAGUUCCGUCUCGGUCUGGCGAUAACUGAUGAAAUAAUGCUGGGAAAGUGCACCUGGGAGCGUCUAUUCGAGGCGCCGAAUUUCUUCUCGCGCUACAAGCACUUCAUUGUGCUGCUGGCAUCGUCAGCCAGCCCAGUAGACCAGCUGCAGUGGUGCGGUCUCAUCGAGAGCAGAAUCCGACAUCUCAUCACUACAUUGGAGAGGAACCAGCACAUCACUAUAGCGCACGUGAAUCCCGAGUGUUACAACUCGGUGCCCCUCAACACCAACAACGGGCAGCCUUUAGCAAUGCCACCCGGCGCUUUACUACCCACCGAUCCGGCCCCCGAGAUCAAAAAGAAUGAAUUGUCGGGCCUCGUCGUGUUGCAGGGCGAGGUGAUCGCGAACCACUGCUCCAUGUGGUUCAUCGGGCUGGUCUUCGAGAAGACCAACGUGAACGUGGACCUGACCUACGACAUCUCCUCCUUCACCAAGGCGGUCCACUACCAGGCGGAGAACACCAGUAUGCUCCGAGAGGGGAUGUCCAUCGAGGCCCGCCACGUCCGCCGCAAGCAGCUGCACCAGUAUCUGUCGCCGUCGCUGCUGAAGCGCGAGCGGACGGUUUCGGGGGCGAAGCGCCGCCCCGCCGAGCCUGCGCCCCCGGGCGCUGCGCCCUCCAAGCGCUUGAGGAAGAUCUCCGACAGCAGCGCGGACGAAGUGAGCGUGUUGUCAUACAACGAGGACUCCAACUCGUCGAACAUGUACGAAGUAAACCUCCAGAAUGGAGUUGCUCCAGCACAGCAGACCGCUGAGCCAUCAGAACAGGCCAGGAACAAGACGGACAAGCCCAUCCAGCCCACAGAGCACCCCUCCACGUCGAACAGUAUAGCCUUUGUGGAGUGCUCUGUGGAUUUUUGUAUUGGUCGUCAACGGAUGGACGAAAUGCGAUCGCAAAAUAUA